ACCGAACUCAGUCACUGACUCAAGGUUUAAGAACGCAUUAGCUGGUCUCUUCCAUUUUAAUAUUUUUAGUCAAAUUUAGACUUAUGAAAAAUGAGUAAAUUAAACAAAUUCAUAAGUUACACAUUAAGAGGAGCAUUAUUCGGGGCGACAGUGUUCGGUUCGUCUGAGUUGGGCCUAUGGAAAGAUGGCGAAACAUCCCGCGAAGUAGCAAAAAUCAUAAUUGCCAUUCUAACUCCUUAUGCCAAGAAAGCUGAGUCUCAAUUGCCAGACGAAGUAAAACCGUUGCCAUCUGUAGAAAAUUUGAAAUCUACGUCCACGGCAGCUUGGAAUAAAAGCGUGUACAAUGCUGGAGAGUUUGUCAUCAACGCACCCAACAAAUGUGCUUGUGCGGCUAAUAAAGUGUAUGAACUAGUCGAGGUACGAUUGAAUAAACCUAAAGAAGACCAAUAACGAUCUUUUGUGUUCAAUUAAUAAAUUCAUGUACCAUGUUAAUGUUUAAUAGAAAUCUGUUAUAUAAUUAUUAUGAUCCAUGUAUUAUUAAACUGCUCUGAUUUUAUAUAGA